AUGGUUCCCAUCGCCACGUAUGGCUAUCGUCUCUGGUACUUCAAUGGUGCCCGUAAUAAAGGCGCCAUGAACCAGCUGAAGCGGAUGCAGCAAAAAGCUGCUCUUUGGAUUACGGGUGCUUUCUGCACCUCACCUACAGGCGGUCUUCAGGCGCUAGCUGGUCUCAUCCCCGUCCAUCUCAUGCUGAAGAAGCUGGCAAUGCGCGCAGUGUAUCAUGUUGCCACCCUCUCAGACACCCACCCUCUUUGCUCCAUGAUAGGCAAGAGGCUCCUCAAAUGGGCUAACCCUCAUGCCCGCUCUGCCGCCUUGAUGACCCCAGCUAUGUGGGGGAAAGUCAAGAGCACUGUCAUGGAGGUGGACGAACGCACCCACACAUUAACUGAGAGUUUUGAGCCCUUUGCGCCUGAAGCUCGCCCUGACUGUCUCUGCUUUGAUGAGCAUGAUCCUACUCAGGAUAGGUGCCCGUAUCUCAACGAGCUCAUUGCAAAUGCUAGGGCCAACCCAUUCACAGUACUGGCUGCAGCUGACAGCUCUGUGUUCGCUCGUGUCUGCCAGUGUAUAACUGGCCACAUGCCUAUCAGAGCGUACUACCGUCGCUUCAAGAUUAACGAGCCUCAUGGCUGCACUUGCGGGGCUGCUUUGCAGGAUAUUGCAUCAUUUCUGAAGCACAACCCUAUGGUGUUUGGCUUCAACUGGGACCCCUCAGGUGUUGGAUAA